UUGACAGCGUUGUUGCUUAUUCGUCUCAAAUAUCCUGUCUCUUAAGUCAAGUCUGUCAGAGCAUUAGACGGAUUAAUACUCGUUCAGUGUUAAUUGUCUGAGAUCUACCAUUUCUCAUGGUAAGGAAAAAGUCACUUGUGGGACACCUGUUUUCAGGAAGUCCCACAAUGGAUACCUUGGUGUUGGUUCUUGUGGUGCUGAUUGGAAGUCAAAUGGUUUCUGGACAAGAUAUCCCAAAAGCCAUCGAAUGCUUUUCUUCUUUGAACAAGGUUCUGAGUCUUUAUAUAGACAAGAUAGAUCCCGUUGCUUGCAGAUUCCCAUCCAAGAUUCGGAACAGCUUCGUUCCUCCGUCUGUUGAAGACAUCUUUAGUGGGAAAACUCUGACCGAUGUCUCUCUUAAGUUCACAAAAGGAUGUGACUCAAAGGAAGAUGGGGUUGUCUCUCAGCAGGAGGUCAGUGAGCUAAUGGGAGUUAAAACUGAUUUGAACAGUUGGAACGUGAUGGCCUUGCUAGAGACAGGCGUGGACUGUGCUAAGGGUGCCGGUGUGGCGGAGGAGGACACGGAGAUGAAGACGUUGAGGAUGGCGUAUGCCAAGUUCAUGGAGUUGCUGAAUGGCACGAUUGCAGAUGUCACCAAUGAACGUUCUGGUGGGGCGACCUGCAGUGACAGCAGUGAGUGUGGGAAAGGCAAGUGCAACCUACUCCUGUGUGUGUGCGACGAUGACGACUACACCGGCAAACGUUGCAACAUCGAGAAGCUCCACGACACAAAGUUGUCCAGCCACCGCUGACGGAUGCCGAAGCCGCUGCUGUUGAUGUAUGCGUUGCAGGUCUGAGAACCACGAUCCGAAAUCAGCUGGCGAUCCUAAACCCAAUCAUCUGCAGAUUCAAGCUUAAACUGAAAGAUGAGAAGGAUCACAAUGCAAUUAGACUUCUUGACAGCAAAGAGGCGUCUACUAAAGACUUUCGUGAUGCCACGAAUGCAGAUUGUGGGGGGUUGACAACGGCUGACACCCUUGAUGAAGCCAAAACAAAGAUAGCCUCCGUGACCAAUGCCUUCAAGAACGACUUCUUCAUUGCACUAGAGACUGCCAAGGUAUGUGUGGAGGCCAGCGGUGCUUUUACAUAUCCAGCUGAAGUUGCGAAAGAAAUGAAGAAGUUCUUGUCUCGUCUCGUCUUCAGAAUACACGACCUUGCUGAUGAACUGUUGGAGAAAGACCAGGGAGGCUACUGCAGAAACGACACAGACUGCUUUGCUGGGCAGUGCGACGCCACCAACAUGUGCAUGUGCUACAGCGGCACCUGGGGGAGGCGAUGUCGCAAUGGAACAGACGACGUUUACGCAAUGUGCGACAGGUGCUACAACGGUGCUUCCUGUGUCUUCAAGGACGGAACUUUCAGCAGCUGUAUGUGUUCUUACCCCUGGACUGGCGCCAUGUGCAAUGAUUACAUGCGGGGUCCAAGUAAUUGCAGCAAGUGUCUCAAUGGAGGUUCGUGCCUGUUUGAUUCCGGAAGCUGUUACUGCACACCGGGGUUCAUGGGACGCUUCUGUGAAUUUGAUAUAGCUGGUCUGCUGACCAACCUGACAUCAGCUGAUAUCGACACUGCGGACAAAUGUCUACAACCAUUCACAGGACAAGUUCAGACACUCGUGGACACCAUCAACGACAUCCUCUGCCAGACUUCAUUCAACGGGAACAUGAUGAAAGCGUUCAGGAUCCCGAGUGUCCAAGACAUCGUGUCAGCGUUGGGGGCGGGCAUGAAGCCGCAAGGGCUACUCAUGCAGGACUGUGUCGUCAAGAACAACGCCACACUCACCCCUGAAGAUAUGAAGACCAAGCUGAUCGGCGCAUUCCAGGCCUUGAAUGCUAGUCUACAAUCUGACACGUUCUCCAGUGCUAUGAAAUGUAUAAACGAAUCCUUUAGUGAUCUAAAGGUUGUGAAGAUCCUGAGGCACUUGUAUUCCGAUAUUAUCAACGUGACUGCAGAGGCAGGACGGAACUUCCAUCACAAACCCGGAAUGUGCCCAGCAGUGACGGCGACGACGUUUGGCGUCUGUGUCACCAAGUGUGCCGGCGACAGCGACUGCCCCUUUGACCACAAGUGCUGCUCCAACGGCUGUGGACAAGUGUGCCUUCCCCCCGCCACAGGGGCCGACAUGAUAUCAGUGAAUUUCACACAAGAACUGAUAAAGGGCAUCAGUACCUGCAUACAAGGUUUAAAUAAACGUCUUCAAGGAGCACUGACUGAAGUUAACAAAGUCCUUUGUCAGAUUGGUAAAGAAUAUCCCAUCACCCACAUGUCAGCAAUGACGGUCAUUGACGAUUUCUCCUCACCUACAUCUUUGGAUUCAAGCUGUGAGAAUGUCACCAAAACCAAAUAUACACAUGCUGAAAUGAUGAAGGUUCUGGGCGACGCUGCUGCAACACUCACGAGCGACGACUACCUCGACGAACUUACCAAGGCCAAGGCGUGUAUCGUGUCCAUAUUGCCCGCGACAAUAGGCAAUGUUUCCGAAUGGUUCGACCACUUGUAUGGAGCAGUUUCAGGAACCGUCAAUAUGAUUCUGAGUGCAGGCCCGUGUAUGUGGAUGCCAUGUAAAAACCUUGGUUCUUGCGUUCCACAAGGCACUGACUACAUGUGUUCCUGUUUUGCCCUAUACACCGGCAAGGACUGUGAAACCCCAUUCGUUAAUCCGAAAUUGCCGUCCAACUUGACACGUGAAGAAAAGGACGCUCUCAAGACAUGCAUUGAUAUGCACGAGAAGAACCUCACAGACGCACUGGACAACGGUGACCUACGUAAAAAGGUGAAAUGUGCAGCUUUGCAGGGUCUUACACCAUUCCAAGGGUCUUGGUUGAGGAAACCUACCUUGAGCGACAUCUACAACGAACCAUCCACCUCGACGUCUGGAGAGCCCAAAGUCACGUUAGGUGACUGUACCUCGAUGGGAUAUGUAAACACUUCUGACGGUUCCUUCAUGAAGGGGGUGAUGGAGGAGGUACAGACAUUGUACGCAUACCUGAACAGCAACGAAGGCCUCAACGACCUCAACAACGGCGUGGAUUGUCUUAUGGAUGUCCUGAAGGAUUCCGGCAGGACUGAAGACGAGAACACUGCCAUGCAAGUCCGUAUGAGGGCUCUGUAUGAUGGCUUCUCCGCUUCUGUGAAGGCAGAUGUGGCGCCCUAUAUGUACAGCAUGGGUCCCACGGGCUACUGCCUGUCACACCCAUGCCAGAACGGCGGCUCUUGCCUCCAUUCCAAGUCUGAAAACAAGUUCAUGUGCGUGUGUCCAUCGGGCGUCCAGGGAGAUACCUGCGAAAACCCUGAAGACAAAGGGCCCUGUUCAUCAAUGCCAUGUCAGAACGGGGGCACCUGCAUCAACAGCCCGAACGGAGACGCCUUCAUCUGCCAGUGUACCAGGCUGUUUGGUGGGCAGACCUGCCAGAUUAGCAUUUGUUCUGCAAAAGUAAACGAAUGUGGAUUCUGUGUGGGAGGGUCGACCGGAGUUCCCGAAAACCAAGGUAUCAACAAAUGUGGCGGUUGCGUGGGUGACCCCGACGCUAAAAAGCCUGACUGCAACGGCGUGUGUGGAGGAUCAGCUGUUAGACAUGCAGUCUGUGGGACUUGUUACAACGGAGACACGGGUAAAUCUGAAGAUGACGUGUACGACUGCGGCAGGUGCGUGGACAGCAUCCCAGUGCGAGACUGUGCCAAGAUGUGCAUAAGAAAAGGUGUUCGAGCUGCCUUCAGGAACAAAUGUGGGGUGUGUGUUAGUGGACAAACGAACGUGCGCAGCAGUGAGGGGAUGGAUGUGUGCCGUGUGUGUGGCGGUGACGGCUCCAGCUGCAAGGACUGUGACGGCGUCCCGAACGGCCCAUCCAAACUUGAUUCCUGCGGUGUUUGUAACGGCGCGAACGACUGCAUCAAGGUGAAGAAAGUCAGCCCCGACAUAGUUUUGCAUGAAAGCACAGAGUCUCUGGCUGUUGAAGGGGUUGGGUUUACUGGUGACAGCUCUGAACUCGUCUUGAGAACCAGCCCGACUGACGCUGGAUCAGCACUGACUGUAGUGACAAGAAACGGAAGUCAGAUCAUGACGAGUGUCCCCGCUGGACUAGCUGCAGGAACAUAUAGCAUCCAUUACCGGGGCACGGCCACAUCUCCCUGGUCCGGCUCUGAUGCAUCUCUCCACGUCGUUGAUGCUGAUGCUGUUGUGAUCCAAUCAGCAUCUCCAAGUACCUUCACCCUGGAGAAAGGAGGGAAGACUGAAAUUAAUCUCACUGGAACUGGAUUCCCAUCAGUCCCCCUGUACUGUCUGUAUCAAGGUCCCGGAGCCAAAUACAGCAAGCUGUCAAGAGCGGGUGGUACAGGCAACGAGAGGAACUGUGUCAUCCUUCACCCCCGGCAGGGAAGGGAGGUCAACAUCUCCCUGUCAGUCGACGGCGACACCGCUCUGGGAAUGUCCGUGUCAGUGUCCGCAACAUCCCCUGCCCCUGUGUGCAAGGUGGGCUACAACAAACCAGGUGAUGGGAUUUGUCUGGCAUGCAACGUUCCUAUCUCCACCACCCAUAUCAAAUCAGCGGCGGACAUCUUCACUGACGUCUCAGCUCUCGGUAAAUCAGUGGAGAUGAAACGUCCAGGCAAUCCUGCCAAGCGGAUCUGCUUCUACAGGGUGGACCUCACAGCAGCAGACACCGUGGUAACACUGAAAAACGGAGUUGUUGUCGCUGCUGGUGAUAAUGGUGUCGCUGCAGCUGGCAGUCUCACCAUCUCGGCUGCGUCUGAUCCCCCGAAGCCUGACGGCGAGAUGGAGGGACCGUCGACAGUGGGUGCUUGUCAAGAUAUACACCUUCGCCAUAAGAACACCGGCCAGGGCAGAAGAGGUCAACCCCUCACCUACUCACACACCGUGGAACCAAGUGACGGGAUUGACAUCGAUGGUGCGGGCACCGGGGACAUACGACUCCGUAAUACCCAGCCAGGACAGACCUACAAGGUGUCUCAGACAGUCUGCAACCAGGCUGGCCAUUGCAGCUCCUCCGUCCGAGUCAUCACCAAGAAGUCUACACCAGCCCCAGAACUGGAAAUUCCGGACUCCCUCUUGACGGUGCGCCGGGGGUCUGAUUUGGUUCUGAAUGUUGGCAUCAAGCUCUCGACAUGCUCACCUAAAGUUAAACAGGUGAUCCAGUGGUCGUGUGAUAGGGUGAAUUUGAUUAACCCUACGAAGAGGACCCUGCUUAUCAGAAAAUCUGAACUACCAGUGGGAGAAUUAAUCUUCUCUGUUACGGUCCACUCUGUUGACGACGCCAGCGUAUCGGCGACAGCGGUCAUCAAACUGACCGUCGAGCAGUCCGAUCUUGAAGCUCGAAUCGAAGGCGGCAAAAGCAGAACAGUUGGCACGUUAACUGAGCGACUGGAGCUUCAAGGGAGGGUAGUUGAUCCUGAUAAUGAGGAAAUGGAGAUAACCCGGACAUGGACAUGUGUACUUUCACAGGACCCGAGUAGGCUGUGUAGUGGAAUGCCAGGCCAAGUGGAUGGUGAUUCCCUCAUUCUGAGGCCAGCAAAUUUCGCGACGGACGGCCCGUGCGUCUUCACCUUCACAGCCUCAAAGGGGCAGAGAAGAGAUAGUGAUUCUGUCAUAGUCAAUUUCGUACAGAGCGACAUCAGUGAUGUGAGGAUUUUCACAAAGAAAACCUUGUAUUCCGCAUCAGAACCCAUAUUGGUCGUUGCAAGUUGCACACUACCUGCCGCUGGAGUCGCCAUUCAGUGGUUCAGUGCAGCUGAUGAAGACGGUUUCGACUUUAUCGAGCUGAAUAAUGAGACGGCAGAUGUUAGUUUAUCAGAAAACAUGAAGUUAGUCCGAAGCAGUUUGCUGAUAAAGAAAGGGAAGCUGAACCCAGGGUCCAAGUACAGAAUUAUCGCCAGCGCCAUCUACCCUGACAAACAGGAGAGUAGUUCAGCUAUCGACUUCACCGUCAGUCCUGGGAUUAAGAACUGCGAGCUUGUAGCUGCCGAUUACACGGCGUACGACAAGAUAUUCCUUGAUACUAAGAACUGUGAGAGUACUGAGGCCCUCACAUACCAGUACUUCUACAAGACCGGACCUGGUGCCAAUGACCUGAAGUUCAUCGACAAUGGCAAGAGAAUCGAACUUCAUGGCCCUGAAGCAUCCGUUCCAGAUGGAAUCAUCUUUGUAGUCAAGGUACGUGGUGUAGAGUCGAAGGAGUGGGAGCUGUUCCGCAAGACCGUGGCGGUUCAGCCUGUGGGUGAGGCAGGCAAGGCAGCAGCCAAGGCGACACUGGAGGAGGCGGUGGAAGAUCAACUGAAGGCCGGAUCGCAAGAAAACGCCGCUGCAGUGGCUGCAACAGUUUUAACGGCAUUCGCAUCAAAUGAAAUACUGGUCCGCAGAAAGAGGAGUACUGAUGCUGACCUAAGACAGGUCAUCCUGGACGCUGCGGGCAACAUCAUGAGCACUAAAGAUGAAGGCGUAGACGUCGCAAGUGUACGAAAAGUGAUGACAUCGCUUGAAGCUUUAAAGUACUCAGACCUUACAAAUGGAGACAAGCAAAGGUUUGUCGAAUAUAUGGAGGGCCUUGCUCAGAUUUUCAUUUCUGAAGAUGAAUCCUUGCCGAGUCGAUCACCGCAGAAGAUGGCUGCAUUGAUGAAUGCGGCUAAGGCUGACGGUGUUGUAACUGAAACCGCGAUCCGUGCUCUGGGGCAGGGUUUAGAGAUGGGGAUGAUCAGCGGCCUGAACCUUGGCGAUGAAGUUGUCAACACAUUUCCGGACAGAGACGUGAAGACAACAAAGGUUCCUGCGGGUGUGAGCGUCAUCUCCGGACAGGACGGAACUAAUGACGUGAAGCUGAUGCCUGGCCAGGCCUUCGCUACCAGGUUUUCGGAUAGCGUAACGCUAAAGUUGGUCACCUAUGCUGACGGAGUGAACACUCUUUCCUCUGGUCAUAUGGAGGACAUAAGGACGAGUGGCAUCUUUUCAGUGUCCGUGUACGACAGCAUCUCUGGUGUGGAGCAGGUAAUAUCAAGCCUAUCUGAAGAGGCAGUCAUCUGCCUACCGAAGACGAAGGCUGUUCCAGGAUAUGAGAACAUCCCCAUGUACUAUGAUCAUACCACAAACCAGUGGCAAACUAGGGGAGUGACGCUCAUGAGGACGCUGCCCCCAGAAUGUGCAGGACAGGACUUUAUCGCAAUAAAGACAUCCCAUUUCACAGAAUUCUCAACGUUUGCAACUCAAGAUGUCAACGAAUGUUUAGUUGGCCAACCUUGUGGGAAUCAACUCUGCCUGAACACCGAUGGGGGUUUCCAGUGCGAGUGCGCCAACGGAUUCUCCGGCGUGUACCCAGUUUGCCAGUCCGGUACGUGCCAGUUUUUGUCUCAGUAG